AUGGACGAACCUACCAAUAUGCUAUUGCAUGAGAUUUUCCAAAAUCAAGCUCGUAAGAGCCCAGAGAGCUGUGCUUUAGAACACCCCCAUGGUCGUCUCACUUAUCGCGAGCUCAACGAGCAGUCCAACUCACUGUCAUGGUACUUGCGCGAGACUUUAUCUCCUGGGCGGGGUGUUGUGGCACUCUCCCUGGAGAAAUCUCCCUUACUCGUCAUAGCCGUACUGGCUGUUUUGAAAGCGGGCAUGAUAUGGAUCCCGCUGCCGGAUGAUGCGUCUGCAGAUCGGAUCCAAUACAUCCUGCAGUCAUCCAAUGCCGGUCUCCUCCUAGGCUCCGCCUCCUCAAGCGCCCUACAUGCGGGGGCCGACAUUCCAUUCACGUCACUGGAUAAGCUGCUACAACACGGACAGCUCCGUGCUUAUUCCACCGAAGACCCCGACCAUGCUACUAUUGAUGCCGGUCGGUCGGAACACGAUCUCUGCCAUAUUCUCUUCACCUCUGGCUCGACUGGUACGCCAAAGGGCGUCAUGAUUGAGCACCGUGCUGUGAGGCACAACGCCCUGGAGCUCACAAAAAUGUUUGGCCUUGAUUCACAAACGCGCACGCUGCAGUUCGCAGCGCCAACCUUCGAUAUUUUUGGUCUGGAUCUAUUCAUGACUUUUGCGUGCGGCGGUUGUCUCAUCAUGGCGCCGCGAGAGGCCAUGAUGGAGGAUAUGACGGCCUUCCUGAAAAGGAAACGCGUGACUUACGCGCAGCUGACGCCGACGGUCAUUCAAACAAUCGAUCCAAGCGGAGUGCCAGAUCUCCGUGUACUGGCGAGCUCCGGUGAGAUUUUGCCCCAGCAACUUGCCGACAAAUGGAGACAUGCCGUCCACCUGUUCAAUGCUUAUGGCCCUACUGAGACCAUUGUUUGUACCGUCGAAGACCUGAGUACGAAUACAGACAUCGAUGCUGGGUGUGUAGGUCGUGCCGUUCCGGGAUUGGACGUACGGAUUUUGGCUGAUGGUGAGACCCGUUCCGUCUCAGCCGGCGAAGUCGGAGAAAUCUGUGUGGCUGGUCCCCAGAUCCUCCGCGGCUACUUAUCCAAAAGCGCAGCCACCGAAGAGCGGACGCUCUCCAUCGAUGGUGUCAGGUUCUAUCGAACGGGAGACUUGGGCUUCUCUCAUGUCUCCCCGACAGGCGUCUCCACCAUCAAACUCAUUGGUCGAAAGGAUACAGAGGUCAAGAUUCGUGGUAUACGGCUGGACCUUGCCGAUGUAGAAGCCUCUAUUAUAUCUUGCUCGGACGCAAGGAAAUGCGUGGUUCUCAUGCCACGACAGGGGUUGUCGUCUGGUCGCCUCUGCGCCUUUCUCGUUCUAGACGCCGACUCCAACAACACUCUCUUACCUCCCAACAAGCCACGGUUUCGGCUUCUUGAGCCGUCGAGGGAGAUUUCGUCUGUCCUCCAUCGAGUCCAGAGUACGACGUCAGCUCAACUCCCGCCUAUGGCUAUACCCAAGACUUGGUGGCCUAUCGAUGAAAUACCUCUGACGUCCAGUGGAAAAAUUGAUCGAUUGCAUUUGCAAUCCUGGCUGGAAGAGCUGGGCGAAGACAUGUUCCGUACUCUCAUAGACCAAUAUAGAGCCGUUUCGCAAGACGACCGUCGUGGCGCUGGUAGCGCGGAAGAACGGUGUCUGCAGUCAGUAUGGGCCGAGGUUCUUCUGCGCUCCGUUGCUACCAUUGAGGUCACUGAUUCCUUGGCGGACCUCGGAGCCGACUCUCUAGACGUCAUUCGAAUGGCCAACGGCGCGCGAAAAGCCAAUAUCCCUGUCAACGCGGCUGAUAUCUUUGCCGCCAAAACCAUUCAGGAAGUUGUCCGUCGCCACGUAGCCAGCGGAUUGACGGUGUCCGAAGCUCAGUCGCUGUCGCCUGCCCCCUAUCGUCCUUUCGAACUGACGCCUCCCGGCAGACCUCUGGCCCCUCUGAUAGAGGAAGCGGCCUCCAGUUGUGGGGUAGCUCUUGCAUCGGUUGAAGACAUUUACCCCUGUACCCCGUAUCAAUCAGCACUCAUGGCCUUGGACAUCAAAUGCCCGGGAUCUUAUCUCUGUAUUUUCAGCUGGACGUUGCUCAGGGAUAUCGAAAUCAGCCGUUUGCAGCGGGCUUGGAAUGAUAUGCUAGACUUCAAUCCCGCGCUUCGGAAUCGCCUCAUCUGGGACGCUAGUGCACAGCAGCUUCUGCAAGUCCAAGUUCGACGCGAUCAUCGCGACUGGAGCGAAUCGCUUUACGAGGCGCCGAUGACACUGGGCUCUGAUUUGUGCCGAGGUCUGGCUCGCUGGGAUGAGAAGAGAGGGCGGUGGACGUUCCACCUCAAGAUUCACCAUAGCAUCAUCGAUGGAUGGUCGCUUUCGUUGAUGCUCAACCAGCUUAAGAAGCUCUACUUUGACGAACCCGUCAACGCAGCAGACUCUCCUCCCUAUGCACACUACGUGCGCCAUUACCUCACAGAACAGCAACGCCUAGAGAAAUCGUCGCAUGAAUUCUGGACUGACUACCUCCAAGGCUUCGGCGAGAGCGGUUCCGACUCAUUCUUGUCCAAGCCGCAGGAUUCGCAUCGCCAAGUCCACGCUACGGAUCACCAGACAUACAUGGUGACCCUAGACCUGAAGGAACUUGCGACCCGAUUCGGAGUCACCCCAGCGGUCAUCCUAUAUGGUAUCACGGCGUUGAUUUUCGCCACCCAUAGCGACGUCGAUGACGUUUCUCUGGGUUUGAUCCGGGCUGGACGUGAGGCGCCGGUCGAUGGAGUGUACCAAAUGAUCGGGCCUGUAUUUGCGUGCGUGCCUUUCAGGACUGAAGUGGAUCGCCAAAGAAGCCUUGCAGACUUCUUCCAGCAAAUUCACGCCCAAAUUCUCGCCAUCGGCCCCCAUCAGCAGUUUGGCCUUGAGCGCAUCAAGAAUUGUGGCCCGGGAGCUAAGGCCGCCUGCAAUCUAGAGACACUCGUGGUUGUACAGCCCGAGGACGAACGUCUGGCCGGUACUGGUCUUUGGGAAGAAGUCCACGGGCAAACGUCCGGGUUAGCAGACAGCAUUCCAUUUUCUCUUGAGCUGAUUCCCGGAGACAAGGGGGUCUUGAUUAACUGCAAUUCCGAUCCUGCCUGCAUCGUCCGCCAGCAUGCGCAGAUCAUCAUGGAGCACUUGAACCAGGCGCUCCUGAGCCUAACGAACCUAUCCGCUAAGGCAACAGUCCAGGAAAUCCAAAUGACACCCGAAAAUCAUUCUUCCCGCUUGCGGCAGUGGGCGGAUGCUUACGGACCUCCAGUCGAUGUCUGUCUACACAAUUUGCUGGAGAUGAGUGCAAACAAGUUUGCUGACAGCAAUGCUGUGUAUCAAAGUUCCACGGGAAAGACUUUGUCCUUCAAAGAACUAAACGACGCUUCCACGAGACUGGCGGCUUUUCUCCUUCAGUCUUGCCAUGUUCCUGAAGGCGCAGUGGUUCCGAUUGCUAUGGAGAAGAGUGCUCUGGCCGUCGUAGCCAUCUUUGCUAUCCUCAAAACUGGAUCAGCUUACCUGCCGAUAGACCCGAGUUGGCCACUUGAGCGUGUCCGGCGAAUUGUCGACGAUGCUGGAGCCUCUGCCCUGAUUUGCUCGACCAGCUUGAAGAGUCAGUACGAAAGCCUUGGGAAGCAGCUCAUUGCGCUUGAUGAAACCCACCUAAAUCCCAGGGAUUCGGGUACUCGCACGUCGAGUGUGAAAAUUACAAGGAAAGGUCGCCCAUCGGACCUGGCAGUUUUAAUGUACACAUCCGGCAGCACAGGAACACCCAAAGGCGUCAUGUUAGAACACCGAGCCAUGAGCACCAGUCUUACCCAUCUCGCGCGAGUCUUUGGCCUCCAGCCUGGCUAUCGCCACCUGCAGUUUUCAGCUUUUGUCUAUGACGUUAGCAUCUCAGACAUCUUUAUUCCCCUAAUAUCGGGGGCUUGCAUUUGCAUCCCAACCGAGGAUGAGCGUCUCAACGGGCUAUCCGAAGCCGUCCGGAAAAUGAAAAUUAACUCAGCCAUCCUGACGCCGUCAAUGGCGGGACUGAUCCGAUUAGAAGAUGGCGAGAGCUUGAAGACGAUCAUGACGGGAGGGGAGAUGACGAACCGGGGACUUAUUCGGACUUGGGCGCCCAGGAUCCGCCUUCUCAACGCAUAUGGGCCGACAGAGGCAGCUAUCACAACAACGGUUACGGAACCUCAAGACAUCGAUUCUGAUCCCGGCGUCAUUGGCCGCAAUGUCACGGGGUGGCACCUGAUUCUCCGACGCGACGACUCGGGCCGCCUGUACGAGGCACCGUUUGGCUGUGCCGGCGAGAUCGCUAUUGCCGGGCACAGUCUCGCCAGAGGCUAUCUCAACAAUCCCUCCCUCACAGCCCAGCAAUUCGUUGAUCUGCCUCUCCUGGAAGGAUCGCCUCUGCCAUCUCGCGUAUAUCUCACGGGAGACAUCGGACGGUACGAACUAGAUGGGUCCGUCCGUAUUCUAGGUCGUCGAGAUCGCAUGAUCAAGAUUAACGGCAUUCGCGUCGACCCAGGAGAGGCAGAACAUCGCUUGCGGAAACUGGGUGAUAGUUUUGCCUCGGCUGUGGUCCAGUGCAUUGUCGACCAAAAUGGCAUCUCUAAACUCGCAGCCUUUGUCCCGGCUAGCGCCGUUCCCGAGUCCAAAGAGCGCUUAAUUCUCGUCGAUUCCUGGACCUCGGAAUUCCGCAAGAUGUGUGGCGAUGGCCGACGACAGUUGCUGGAGCUGCUGCCUAGGGCGUACGUUCCAAGCCUUUUCAUCCCCGUCAGUUACAUCCCCUCGACGAUGUCGGAUAAGGUUGACUACAAGCGACUCAGGGAUGAGUUGCGGAAAGUCCCCCUGGAGAAUCUCGCCAUGUCUGACGACGAAGAGGCGGAGGUUGAGGAUGAUACGGAAGCCAUCGAACCGAGCACGCCAAUGGAGAGAAUCAUGAGUGCCGUCUUCAAGAAGGUUUUCCCUACCGGUGGAGAGUUUGGAGUGACGGCGGACUUCUUCCGGCUCGGUGGCGACUCGUUUUCUGCGAUGAAGCUUGUGAGCGCGGCGAAGGAGCACAACUUGGAAAUAACCGUCCAGCAGAUCUACCGUCAUCCGCGACUAAAGGACCUGGCUGCCGUUGCUCGGUAUAAGCUAGGAAAAAAUGGCAAUGGAGACAAACGCAGCAGUGUCGAUGGGCAAACUCAACCGGCAAAUAUGACUCGUGUUCUAGUGUCUGAGGAUGUGUGGAAUGAAGUCGCAGAGCAAUUUGGUUUGGGUUUGGACGAGAUUGAGGACGUCUAUCCCGCAACUCCGUUCCAACAAGGCCUCAUGGCAGUGUCAAUGCAGGGCAAAGGCACUUACAGCGCUAAGAUGGCCUUUGAAUUGGGAGAGAGUGUCGAUGUCUCUCGACUUACUCGGGCCGUUGAAGGCGUCGUAUUAGACACCCCAAUUCUACGAACCAGCCUCGUCUCUUCCACCCAGGGCCUGAUGCAGGUCGUACGCAAGGGAUCCUUUUCGACCAGCGACGCGAAAACAACGGGUCCCUUCCAAUAUCAAAUCGACACGACAUCGGCACCUGGCCGGCCACGGUUGCGGAUUGAGAUGCAUCACUCGUUAUAUGAUGGCCCCACAAUAGAGAUCCUGCUCCGAGAUGUGAAUUCUCGCUAUGCCCAUCCCGGUUAUGCAGCGAAUUCAGCUGUGCCUUACCGAAAGUUUGUGGAUUAUCUUGAAUCUACAGACUCGGAGGCGGCUCGCGAAUUUUGGGAAAAGACUCUCCAUGACGCUCCUCUGGCUACUUUCCCACCCUGCGAAGACGAAGCUCGGGUCGGGGCAACUCAACAUGUCCGCCUGACUACAACUAUUACUCUCGAAGCCACGAAAAAGUGCGGUAUUUCCGCCGGCACCCUGGUCGCUGGUGCCACAGCCCUUCUCCUCGGGGCCUACAGCUUCGCGGAUCAGGUCUGCUUCGGAAUGACCUUUUCUGGCCGUGAUAUACCCGAGCUGGAGAAUAUUGCCGGACCUACGCUGUCGACCGUGCCCAUCUGCGUUGCCAUACUUCGGGAGCAAGAGGCAUCGGGUUUCCUGGAACAAGUCCAAAAUCUGGUAGUCGAUAUGCGCCAACAUCAGCACUACGGUCUACAGAAUAUUGCCCAAUUGCCAGCGCAAGGCCCUCGCAAUGCCGCCCGAUUCCGGACUCUACUUGUGCUCCAACAGGGAUCUGAUGAGCUCGCCAGUACUGAGCAGGGAAGCGAUAUCAUCGGAAACCUCAUAGACGACGAGUCUUCCAUGCACGUUGAGUAUCCGCUUGUGAUUAUCGCACACGCCAACCCCGCAACAGGAAGCGUGGACCUAAAAGUAGAAUUCGACCCGGCCUGCCUCUCCUCAGUUGAGGCGACACGGUUCAUUCAGCAGUUGAGCCAGGCUAUUGCGGAGCUUUCACAGCCGCAUAGGGCAGUGUCCAAACUAAAUCUGAUUACCGCUUUCGACAAGGAGCAGAUUUCGAUGUGGAAUCCUAAACCGCCCAAAGCCCCGGGUCGGAACAUCUGUCAGAUGUUCCAGGAAAAGGCGCUCCGACAACCAGAUUCUCCCGCCGUGGAAUCGCUGAUGGGACGAGAUGGUGAUGCUCCUCGCCGACAACUAACGUAUAGGCAGCUAGAUACCGAGUCUACGAUGUUAUCCGGUGCUAUCCAAAGACAUGCGUGGGACAAGCGAUGGGUCGUUCUCUGUCACCGAGAUCCUGCGUCUGUGGUCAUGGCUACGCUAGCAACGUGGAAGGCCGGCAAAGCCGUUGUGACAAUCGACCCAACGGUGCCAGCUGAUAGGCGGCACACUCUCCUCGCAGAACUUGGGGAUGCGCUCAUUUUGACAGAGGCUUCUGAAGUCCAAACCUUUGUUAAUUUUCAAGUCCAUGUGCUCGACGGGAUGCUCCAUGAUGUAGACGGCAUGCCAAAUCAAUCUUCGUCCGUCAUCAGCGAGGUACCCGUAUCGUCGGACAUUGCGUACGUGUUCUUCACCUCUGGGAGCUCAGGCACGCCAAAGGGAGUGGUGGUGCCUCACAGCGCCAUUGCCCUGUCCCUCUCAGAUGUAAGCGAGAACAUGGGAUUGAACACGAACACGAGAAUGCUCCAAUUCGCAUCCUGUUCCUUCGAUACCAGCCUCAUGGAAAUAUUUGCCACCCUCAUCACCGGUGGCUGUGUUUGCAUUCCGACCCGGAAUCAACGCAUCGACGGCACUCUAGGCCACGCCGCAAACUCGCUUCAAGUCACUCACAUGAUUCUUACCCCAACGGUGGCCUCGCUUCUUCAGCCUGCACAGCUACCGUCAGUCCAAUGUUUGAUGCUCGUUGGAGAGCCGCCCUCGACCCAGGUCAUCGAAAAGUGGACCUCCCGAGACGUAUCACGCCGUGUUCAGAUCAUGAAUGGCUAUGGCCCGACGGAAGCAGCUGUACACUCGUCCACAAACUUUGACCUGAGCGAAAUUGGUCCCCGAAAUAUCGGCAAGGCAACCGCAUGCGCUAUGUUCUUAGUCCUUCCCGACGAUCCGAACCGACUAGCUCCAGUGGGCACCGUCGGAGAGCUAGUCAUCUGUGGCGAAACCGUUUCCGGCGGCUACCUCAACCAACCAGACCUGACAAGACACGUCUUUGGCGUUAAUCCCCCAUGGGCUCCUUGGCCCGGCCUCACGUCGCCAGUCCGCUACUAUCAAACAGGAGAUCUGGCGUGUUACUGCCAUGACGGGUCAAUGGUGUACUUGGGUCGGAAAGACCUCCAAGCUAAGAUCCAUGGCCAACGGCUUGACGUUUCUGAGAUUGAAUGGCAUAUCAGGAGGUGCGGUGGGGUUUCUGACUGCGUAGUGGAAGUCCUGCAAGAAUCCACCCUCGUGGCUUUCAUUCUCAUGUCCCAGGGCAGCACCGAGCCAUACGCGGGUCCGCUAGCCCCAAGCCAGAUUGACGCAUCUGCCGUGACUGAAUCUCAGAGCCGACUUCGAUCGGUUCUUCCAGACUACAUGAUUCCGUCCGUCUACGUCCCUUGCUCCAGCUGGCCGAUGACAACAUCGGGAAAGACUGAUCGCCGCCGACUUCGAGCUUCCGUAGAGUCUUCCAUUGACCAAUACAGAAUCCGGCAGAAGCUUCAAAGACGCCCAGCGCAGACUCAAUCCCAAAAGAAGCUGUUUGAUAGCAUUGAAGAAGUCAUGUCCAUCCCGCAGGAUCAAAUUAGCCUCGAUGACUCGGUCCUAUCGCUGGGCGGCGACUCAAUCAUUAUGAUACGCCUCUUGGCAGUUGCCCGCCAGCGCAAGUUAAACAUCGAUGCUACCAAAGCGUUCCGGUCUACAACUCUCGAGAAUCUCGCGGCAAGCGCGGAGGGUCCGCCAACUAAGGCUUCUCCAGUGGCUGUCAACGGUCACCAUGGCCCCCUUGCGCCAUUUUCUCUGCUUCCAGCAUCAAGCAAAGACCCUCACCAGCUAUCCCGCAUGGCCGCUGCAUGUAAUGUUCCUGUGGACCGCAUCAUUGACGCGUAUCCCUGUACUGCUAUUCAAGAGGACCUGAUGGUUGCCUCUGCCAAAACGCCGGGUGCCUUCCUCAACCAAGAAGUGUUCCGUCUACCAGCGCAGGUAUCCGUCUCCAAAGUGUCUCGUUCUAUUGACGCAUUAUGGAAACGACAUGACAUUCUCCGUGCCCGAAUAAUACUGGAUCAGGAUUAUCGAGCGUUACAAGUUGUCCUUCGGGAGGACGCAGCCCCGCAAGAAACUUCCACGGAUGAUUUGCAGCAGUUUUUGCUUCGAGACAGCCUUGUUCCUUUAGAGUACGGGACUAGGCUCUCUAGGUGUGCACUUCUCAGCGCCCAAGGCAACACGUAUCUGGUCCUGACGCAACACCACGCCGUAUUCGACGGUUGGUCCAUGAACAUACUCAAAGAUGAUCUCCGCGCGCUCUACUUCGAAGGCGACUCAAACUUCACGCUAACACAACCUUACGCGAGCUUUGUACGCCACUCAUUGCAGAUUUACAACUGCCCAGAUGCGCGGCAAUAUUGGCAGAACCAGCUAGCAGAUGCCCAAACCGCACCUCUUCCCCAGGCCCAGUCAAGCAUGGACUCCUCUACUAACCAGAAAUACGCCUUCACUACCGCCUCUGUGAACAAUACCGACUACUCUUUGGCAGUUCUUGCCGAGGCUGCAUGGGGCACACUACUCGGACGGUAUCUCGACUGCGAAGAUGUCUUGUUUGGCGUCAUCCGAUCUGGUCGGACCGUACCCAUCCCUGGCAUUGAUACACUAAUGGGCCCAACUAUAGCGAGCAUACCUCGUCGAUUACGCCCGACCAAAGAGCAGAGUGUGCAAGCAUAUCUCCAACAAGUUCAGCGCGAGAUUUUUGAGGCCACACAAUGGGAACAAUACGGCUUGUCUAAUAUCCGCAAGGUGAGCAAGAGUGCCAGCCAAGCAUGCAAGUUCCACUCUAUGCUCGUCGUUCAACCCCCAGCGGCCAAUGAGACAGCGGACAAUCCGGCCGCUCUCCUCACUUCCCAGGCUGAGCUAGCAAAGGGUUUCAUCAAUUCCGAUUGUCUCAUAGUCGAUGUUCAAGCUACAGCUAAGGACGAGAUUACCGUGUCUAUUAUUUACGACGACCGUGUCACUUCUAAAGACGACGCACACUGGAUGGCGUAUCACUUUUCUCAAACUUUGGCCCAGCUAAGUAGCAGCGGCGCUGUGAAGCUUGGGAAUUUGCGUAUCUCUGGCUCGGACAGGCUUAGCCAGGAACAAGAGUGGAACAGCACAGAUAUUGAGGCCUCACAUCGACUUGUAGACGAGAUCUUCACCACCAAUGUAUCUCAAUGGAGUGGUCUACCCGCUGUCCACGGUCCAGAUGCAAGUCUGACAUACGCACAACUGGAUGCAUUAUCCUCAGCUGGAGCACAGAUUCUCCGAUCUGAACUCGGAGUUCGCCGUGGUGAUCUGGUGCCUCUUUUGAUGACCAAGAGCUCGGUUAUGAUCGCUUCUAUGCUAGCGAUUCUAAAGGCGGGAGCCGCCUAUGUCCCCCUACCCACGGAUGCGCCCCGAGAACGACUCCACUUCCUCAUCAAGGAAACCGAAGCUCGGAUCGUGUUGUGCACAUUCGAUCAUUACGAACUAGCACAAUCGCUUGAGAUCGAGGCUGCUUUUUGGGACGUCGAGCAGCUUUACGAAUCGGCGCCCUCGACAUCUGGUGAAACUGAGAAUGCCUUGAUGGGAAGCUCACAUGGAGAUUCGCGGUCGCCCUCGGACCUUGCCUACAUUCUUUUCACCUCUGGAAGCACAGGAACCCCAAAGGGUGUCAUGAUUGAACACUCUGCUCUAGCCACAACUGCGCUGGUGAAUGGCAUCAAAAUGAAUUAUCAAGUCGGAACCCGCACCUUGUCAUUCGCCGCAUAUACCUUCGACAAUCUCCUUGGGUCCCCGAGCCUGGUGCCAUCACUCAAGACCCUCCGCUCGGGUGGAGAGCCUUUAUCAAAGUCGAUUUUGCGUGAAUGGAGCCCAAGCGUGUGCUUGAUCAACUCAUACGGUCCAACAGAGACCUGCGUUGAUGCAUGCCGAAACCCUGAUAUGAAGACCGACUGCGACCCGAACAACAUCGGAUUCGCCAUCGGAACGCAUCUUUGGGUCGUGGAGCGAGGAAACUACGAAUCUCUCGCACCUGUUGGUUGCCCUGGAGAGUUACUGAUCUCGGGACCUACUCUCGCGAGGGGAUACUUUAAGGACGAAGCCCGCACCCGAGCCUGCUUCAUCGACGGGAUCCAGUAUCAGUGGGUCAGGCCGGGCGAAGAACGAUUAUACGCCACCGGUGACAUUGUUACCAGAAACGCCGACGGGUCCAUAACGUACAUUGGAAGGCGUGACCUCCAAGUCAAGUUAAAUGGUUUCCGUAUUGAGCUGGGCGAGGUUGAAUACAACCUCGAACAAUGCCCAGCUGUGGUGUCAGCUGUGGUAGACAAGGUUGCCUCUCGAGAAGGCGGCUCCGAUCAACUCGUUGCCUUCCUUAGGAUCACUCAGCAGGCCCAGUCCGACAACGGUAGUCCACUCUUAUCUCCAUCCGGCGAUAUCUGCGACAUUAUCGAAGGCGUACAAGCUCGCAUCGAUGGUGUUCUUCCGCCGUACAUGGUUCCGCGAGUUUACCUUCCGUUGGCCAGGAUUCCUCUCACGCUCAGUAACAAAACCGACCGGAAAGCGUUGAAAACCCUUUGGGAAAAGUUGACACCGGAACAGAUCCUGCCAUAUCAGGCUGCGCCAGCAGUUCUACGACAGCCCGCAAGCGUUACCGAACGGAUUCUGCAGGGACUCUGGGCGCAGGUUCUCAAGAUCGACCCCAAACUUAUCGGAUUGGACACUCAAUUCACUCGCGUUGGUGGUGAUUCUCUUAAUGCCAUCGGUCUGGCGUCCUUGUGUCGUGAACUCGGGUUCAAAUUCGAGGUGGCGGAUAUCUUGCGCAUCCCUCAAUUGGAAGCCAUGGCUCGCCACGUCGAGGAGAACCGGCGCGUGGCCAAACUAGAGAAUCAAAAUGGCAAUAUCAAGACGGCCAUCACGAACGACGCGCCCCUAACCGAGAAGCUGCGACUCCAAGCCGCCGAAGCCUGCGGCCUGUCCCCUGACGACAUUGAGGAAGUUUACCCUUGUGCCCCGAUUCAAGAGUCAUUAAUGGCUUCGACCCUGAGGCAACCUGGGUCCUACAUCGACCACAGCAAAUUUACUAUCCCCCAAUCUGCUGAUAUUUCUCGAUUCCGGAAUGCCUGGCAGCUCGUCCACGAAGCCAAUCCUAUCAUGCGCACCCGGAUCUGCGCAGUCUCGACCCCCAAGGGCAUGCGCCUGAUGCAAGUGGUUACGAACUGUCCGAGCGAGUGGAUAGAUGAUGAUAGUGAACCGGACUCGGCUAUGCGGAUGGAGCUUGGUGCACCUCUUGUUCGAUACAGGCUCCGGCCCUCGGGUGAGAGAUUCGUCUUUGAAACGUGGAGACACCAUGCCGUAUUUGACGGCUUUUCCUCUGCGGCGCUCUGGGAUGACCUACAGCAUGCAUUCGAAACGGCGAUCCUCCCAAGAGCUCGACCGCCGUACAGGGCGUUUGUCGAUUUCAUACAGCGUAUUGAAAGCUCUGAAGCCAUCUCCUUCUGGGAAGACCAAUUAAACGGACAUCAACCCGAGCCUUUCCCCGUACUUCCCUCACCAGACUACGUUCCCCAGGCCAGCUCCAAGACCAGCCAAACAUUGAGCGGUUCUCUCAUAUGGGACUCGACGAGUCCCUUCACCUUCUCAACCAUUGUUCGCGCGGCUUGGGCCGUGAUUCUUGCCAUGAGAAGUCGCUCGUCCGGGAUUGAAAAGGACGUCUGUUUCGCGACAACGUUAUCUGGCCGCACUGCUCCCCUGGCUGGGAUUGACGCCAUUAUUGGCCCGACGAUCGCUACCGUGCCCGUGCGGAUACAGUUCGACGUUGAUGCCGACGUGACUAGCCUUCUCCAAAAAGUCCAAGAUCAAGCGCUCGAUAUGCUCCCAUUUGAGCACCUCGGCCUGGGCCGAAUUCGAGAGAUCAACCAAUCCGCCCGUGACGCUUGCGCAUCUGCAAACCUUCUCGUUAUCCAACCGGACCAGAUCGGAAGCGACUCCCUACCUCUGGGCUUACAGCGCCUAACGGAUUCUGAGAUCCAGGAUGACUUUAAAGAGCCCUUUGGUCUCGUUGUCGAGUGCGUGCAGAACAAGGCGAAAGACGAGAUUUCUGUCUCGGCGGCCUACGACGAGGUACUUUUAUCGAAGCUCGAGGUCACCCACAUCCUUGAACAUUUCCAACAAAUGAUAAGCGCCCUUCAUCAGUACGCAGGCGGGCAGGGAUCUGUUCAAUCGGUAUUGUGGCAGCUUGCCUUAGGAGCAGACCUCCAACGCGUCGUCGAAUGGAAUUCUCGAGACCAAGGUGCUCCCAUGCAGCUUCAUGAUUUAGUGGAGAGGGCCGCGGAGAAGUAUCCGGAUCAGCUUGCUAUCGACUGCCAUGAUGGCCAAAUGUCCUACACGAAGUUGGUUGAAGCUGCAGACCGCCUGGCCUGUAUCUUGCAACGUGAUUACGGUGUCAGGCCAGGGGAUUUCGUGCCCAUCUGUACCGAAAAAUCCCAAUUAAUGAUCAUCGGCAUCUUGGGGAUUAUGAAGGCCGGCGCGGGCUACGUCCCGCUUGACACAAAUCACCCUGACGCUCGUAUGCAAUGGAUUAUCAACGAAGUUAAUGCACGUGUCGUCGUCGCAUCGCCUUUACAGGAAGACCGGAGGCAGUUCCCAGUUCAGAAGCUUGUGCUAACCACGGAGAGGCUCUCACUGGCAACCAACACUUAUCGCGAACAACUACGAAAGUCAUCCCCCAACGACGUUGCCUACGUUAUAUUUACCUCGGGGACAUCUGGAACUCCCAAGGGCGUGGUGAUGCAACACAAAGCCGCCAGCUGGUCCAUCCUAGAACACGCGAGGCGCUACAGACAUGACAAUACACGGCACUCCCUUCAGUUCAGCUCCUAUGUCUUCGACGCAAGCGUGGUCGACAUUUUCGCUGUCCUCGCCUCCGGCGGCUGUGUGCAUGUCCCAUCUGAGACGCUGGGAGUGGGCGAUCUUGAAGACUACAUCCGGGAAAAUGGGAUCAACUUCGCAGACUUGACGCCUACCGUGGCCAAUUUGCUAGAUCCGGCCCAAGUGCCGAGCUUGACCACACUCGCGAUUGGUGGCGAAAUGGCCAACCGUGAGUUGCUACGCAAAUGGGGAGGCAAGGACUCGCCUGUGAAAUACAUGGUUAAUGCCUACGGGCCGACCGAGGCUGGUAUUGCAUGCGCCAUGGGCGAGCUUACCCAAGCAUCUGCCGUCGGUGAUGUGGGAACACCAUUAGCCGCUGGACUAUGGAUCGUCGACGCCCGUGAUCACAAUCGCCUUGUCCCCAUCGGAUGUGUCGGGGAACUGAUAGUAACCGGAGAGACACUUGCGCAAGGAUAUCUCAACAGGGCAGAAGAAACUCGCCGUGCAUUCCUAACAGAUGUACCCUGGCUGGCCAAUACGGGUGAACGACGUCUGUAUAAGACAGGAGAUCUCGCCAGGUUCAACAUCAAUGGACACGUAGAACUCGUGGGAAGGAGGGAGGACACGCAAGUCAAAUUCCGGGGGCUCAGAAUUGAGCUCGGAGAAAUCGAGACGGCGAUAGAGGCUCUACCGCAAUGGGCGAGCCGUUUGAAGCGCGUUGCCGUGGCCAUGAUCCAGCGGGAUGAGAUCCCAAUUCUCGCCUCCUUUAUUCAAUUCUCGGCCAACGAUACCUACCAUACUCCUCGAAAGGAAGGAUCCAUCUUUUGUCAACCCUCAGAUGGCUUCAAGGCCUUUGUUGCAGACGUCAAGAAGUGCAUUGACAAGCAACUCCCUUCUUACAUGGUGCCACAACUUUGGCUUCCCGUUUCUGACUGGCCCAUUUCAGCGUCUAGCAAGACAAACCGCAAACUGCUUACCCUAUCUGCCGAAAAUCUGGACCGCAGCCAAGUAGACGAGUAUCAACGAGUCGUGGCUAUCAAUAGUACGGCCAACGGUAGAAUCAACGGCACCAACGGCAAGGCACCGUCAGCAGCAGCAGCAGAUCAGGUAAUGGGAAACGCGGAGGGAGGUGUCAAAGAGGCUAUCAUCCAAGUUCUUCACAAAGAUCCGGAUUGCAAGAUCGAACCUGAAACCGACUUUUUCCAACUUGGAGGAGACUCGCUUACAGCGAUCAUGCUAGUCAUUGCACUUCGCAAACGAGGAAUCCACGUUUCUGCUCACGACAUCUUCGCAGAAAGAUCAGUGCGUGGGAUUGCCGGACGAUGCUGUUUGUUAGGAACAACCGACUCGACGGCAACAAAUGGAAAUGGGCUCACACGGAGUCUGGUCUCAGAACCCGUCGAAUCUGAUGGGGACUCUGGUACCGCAAACUCAGACUUCAAGCAGCUCGUCAAUUGGGUAGAAAGAGCAAAGUUUGAAGACGCUUACCCAGCUUCAGACACUCAGACGACGUUCCUUAUCGAGGGUCUAAAGUGGCCUCGUUCCUACUACGGAUGGUUCUUCUUUGAGCUGAGCGAUUGCGUCGGUAUUGACGAGGUACGAGAAGCUUGCUGUGCUCUUGUCGCUCGUCAUUCCAUCCUGAGAACGAGCUUCCAUCUCAAGGGUGGCAAAUGUUUCCAGGUUGUUCACGCACCAAGCCCAUCGAUCGAUUCCAAAGUCCUCGUUUGCCGUAAUGUACCGAGCGAGCAGUGCGACAUUAUCGAUCGGGAGGUUCUUCACCCCGUCAAGUUCGGCGAGAUCCUGACCCGUUUCCGGCUCUUCAUCGACCCAGUUAGUGGUGCACGAACACUAAUGCUCGGUCUCUCCCAUGCUCAAUAUGAUGGAUUCUGUCUGGCAACAAUAUUCAACGAUCUCCGGUUAGCUUACCUAGGCAUCCUCAACCAGGCCACAAAGCCACCCGGCCUUCGUCCUUUCAUCGAGUACUCUCUCAAGAUUUCGGAAGAGGAGACCGACAACUUUUGGCGAAAGACGAUUGAGUGUUCGCCAAUGAACACAAUUUGCGACCGAGUGCCCACGACACGACAACCAGUGAUGAGCGAGAGCAUCAUGCGGACGAUCCCAUUCAAGUACAAGGAUCGCGAACUGUCUAAUUACAACUACGGUGCACUCGUGAAAUCCGCGUGGGCUCUGACAUUGAACUUCCUCACCCACUCUCACCUGCCAGACUGUUCCUACGUAACGUUCUGGAACCUCGUCUCGGGACGCUUCGCACCCUUUGGCGGCGCCCAAGACGUAGUUGGACCCUGUAUCAAUUUUAUACCCACCCGAAUUCCAAUUAUUCCCGAUAAGGUCGUCUCUGAUCUUGUGGAGGACAUGCAGAGUCAGAUGAUAGAUUGCAUGCCGUACGAAGCUACUCCAACCAGCCGUAUUAUCAAGCAGUCAGUGUGGUCCAAUUCCUUGGCCAAUUUCGGUACAAUCUUCCAGUACCAGAAUAUCCCGGAUCCGAAGCCUCCCUCAGAUGAUUCCCACUUGCCCUGGUCUGUUAAGGGAGGCGCCGUGUAUGGCGGUGGCCUACUGCAGUCUGGGGCUUGCUGGAUGAUGGCAUGGCCGAACAAAGAGGGAUUCUCGUCGUUCCGUUUCACUUACAGCCCUGAAACCCUGUCUCCAGCUGGAGCCGAGGCCGUCAUGACGAUCUACUUGGAUUUCCUCCGAGAUAUGAAUGAUGACCCUUCCGGUUAUAUUAGGGCCCUUGAGCCCAGCCUUAAGCGCCUCAAGCUCGUCGACCCGCCAAGCACUUCCGAAAUCCCCUCUCCAGCUAGAGUUGAAACUCCCCCGGCAUUGCAAUCUCUCGAAUCGCAAGUCAAAGCCUUCUGGAAGCAAUUGCUCAACCCACCGCGUGACAUUCACUCUAAUGACUCGUUCUUCAACAUGGGAGGGGAUUCCAUCAAGGCCGCAGAGCUGGGAAUGCUGUGCGAGAAGGCAGGGUUGCAACUCACUUUGCAAGAUAUUCUCGACUUCCCAACCCUCGGUAUGCAGACACUGGCGAUAGCAGGCCAAGUUUCUCGUCCUGAGAGAACUGUACCCAAACUCCAGUUCCGCGCGGCGCAUGAACUCAGCUAG